AUAAGUUAUAUUUUUUCUUAUAUGUUAUAUUUUGAAUUUUUUAAAACGACUUUAAAUUACAAAAAUGUAAGUUUUUUUUAAGCAUACGACUAAAAACAUUAGAAUGACAUGUAUCAAUUUGAUGUUUGAUCUGAAACCUUUCUAAACCAUAUGGAAGAUAAAUGUCAAAAUAAUUCAAAUGUGGAAACAAGAUUGUUCGCUUUUUUCAAGAAUGUGUUUGGUGGAAAAAAUAAGGUUUUUGUGUCAUAAUUUAUUUAUGUCCACUUCGUUUAACCCAUAAUAUAUUAAUUUUAGUUUAGUUCCAUAAUUUUAAUAAAACAUGAUCAGGUCCAUAGGAAAUAAAUUAUAUAAUAGCAACAAAAAAUAUUGUAUAUAUAUAUAUAUAAAUAAAAUGAUUAAAUAUAUUAAAAAAUUAUCGAUAAUAUAUACAAAUAAACUUACCCUACGCAAGACGCAAGUCUUAACCUAGUUCGAGAAAGUUAUUUAACGAAUUAAUACUUAUGAAAAGUUCAUUUGCAUUAAUGUUUUAUCGUGGGUAAUUUUAUAAUAUAAAAACUAUUAAAAAAUUGUCUACAAUUUAAUUCGAAUGUUUUGUGUAGUGCUAAACUGUUAAGUGCCAUAAUUAAUUUAUCACUAUAUAGUGUUUGAUAUCGUGUAUAGUAUAUAUAUAUACUAGGUUAAAACAUUCGAUAUACAAAUCUUUUACAUACAGUAUUAUUUAUUUUUCAUUUUUACAUAUUAUAAAAUAAUAAAUAAUAAUAUAUAUUGAAUAAUUGAGAAGCAAAUAACUAUUAUAUAUAUAAUUAAAUUGGCACGAAUACAUAAAUCAAAAUAAUCUCACUUUUUAUUUAUAAUCUUUUAUGAAAAAUUAAUUAAAACAAUCAUAUUUACCUAUUUUAUGGUAUAUAGUUAAAUUUAAAUUAUAUUAAUGUUAAUAUAUAGUAUACUUUUUUAAUAUUGUUAUAUAUUAAAUAAGAUUUUGUAAUUAUAUGAUUUUAUGAUCAUUUGUAAUUUUUUUAACAAAUACUUUAAACUGCUGAAAACAAAAAUGAUUAGUUGUUACCAAUUUUUUAUUAUUAAUAUAAAAUUAAACAAAAAUGAUAAAUGAUAUAAAAAAUUGUUACCAAAUUUUUAUUAUUCAAAUCCAUUAAUUGCAAUAUAUAUUUUAAUUAUAUUAGGUAAUUCUGUAACUUUUAUGAUUAGUUUAACAAAAAAUAUAAUAUAAGUUUAGAUGAACCAACUUAAUUAUCAUUUUAGUAAUUUCUAAAAAUCAUUUCAGUGAUGACAUGUGUGAUAGGUAAAAUGUUGUAAUAUAUAUUUUUAAUAUAUAAGGGAUGAUUUGAAUUCUAGUUUUUAAAAUUAGCUUUAAUCUAAAUAUAAGAGCAAAAUAAUAAGAAACUUUGUAAGGUGUCACUUAAUAGGCAAAUGGGAUGCAUUCUCUUUACGUAAGGUUAUACGUUACUUUUGAGUAUCAAGUAGGUAAUUAGUUGUACCAGUUGAAGACAAGUUAAACUAUAAAAUCUAUUAUCCAAUAGAGGUAUUAUUAUCUAACAAAAUAACUCAUUUCUUAUUCCAACUUUUUUCUAUAAUAUACAAUAAAUCUCCUGAAAAAGAAGAGAGUUCCGGCAUAGCAACCAUCCAAAUCCAUAAAAUGGAUCUAAACCUAUGCGCAUAUCACAAUUCUUUUCUUCUUAAAUCUACAAAAAUAUCAUCAAAAUGUCGUGCAUGCUACAAAAAUCACCAUGGCAACAAGCAAGGGUACAAGUGUGAUUUCUGCGAUUUUUAUGUGCAUGCGGAAUGCAUGAACAUCAAUAUUCCUUCUCGUCAUAAACAUCCUCUCCAGCUCAGACCAUGCGACAUCAAUUUCUCGUGUUGUCUAUGUGACACCAGAUUUUCCAAGAAAAACUUUUAUCAAUGUUCACGAUGUUCUUUUCGUAUAUGUAUCCCUUGUGCGAGAAAACCAUUGAUGAUUCAUCGAUAUAAGACCCACGAGCAUACACUACACCAAAUAUUGAUGAAGAUCUCCUUCACUUGUGAUGCGUGUGGGUUGUGCAGUACAGGUUAUCCGUAUAUUUGUCAUCAAUGUUGUUUCAUCAUCCAUAGAUUGUGCAUCUUCUUACCACGUGUUAUAUGCAUCAAUCACCAUGACCACCGUAUCUCUCAUGUUUUCUCUCUUGGUCUGGGGAAGUUCAUUUGUGGGGUGUGCGAUGAGCCUGUUAAUGUAGACUGUGGAGCAUAUUCUUGCUUGACUUGCUCUUCUGUUUUUCAUUCGAAAUGUGCAACAGAUCCGAUGUUUUGGGAUGAGAAGGAGCUUGAAGGAAUACCUGAAGAAGAAGAAAGCAAGCCCUUAGAAGUAAUAGAUCAAAAUCUGAUCAAACAUUUUAACCAUGAGCACAAUCUGAUGAAGCUUUCAGUAUCAUCACUAAGGCACGGGGAAGUUAUCUUGCCACAUGAGGAAGGUAAACAUUGUUUUGCAUGCACCCUUCCUCUAUACUCUAAAUUUUGCUACAAAUGCACACAGUGUGAUUUCAUACUCCAUGAUACAUGUGCUAACCUCCCUCGUAGUAAAUGGUUCUUUCUUAUCUAUGAGAAACUGACUUUGUCCCCCAAAAGCAGAAACCAUUUUUUCUGUUACGUCUGUCACCGUUAUUGUAACGGUUUCUCGUAUUCUAAUAGUGAGAACACAAUUAGUAUCGAUGUGCGAUGUGCUUCAGUUCCUCUCCCACUAAAACAUGAAAGCCAUCCACAUAAGUUGGUAUUUUAUGAUAACGAUCAAAAAGACGUGAGAUGUGAAGGUUGUGACUUGAGUGGUUGGCGUUUUUUAUUACAUUGCAAGGGUAAUGAUGAUUGUGGCGGGUUAUAUUUAUGCUUUAAAUGCGCUACACUACCCACAUUGGUUAGACACAUAUACGAUGACCAUCUUCUUUCCUUACAGUACGGUAAGAAAAAUGAGAGUUCUACAUAUUGGUGUGGGAUAUGCGAAGAGUUAAUAAAUUCAAAUAGUUGGUUUUACAAAUGCAAUGAUUGUGGCUCCACUCUUCAUACUACAUGUGUAUUUCAAAAUCUAAUACUUUCAAGGCCUGGAUACAAUUCAACAAUGGAGGACCUGAGGCAAAUAACCUUCGUUCUUAACACUCGUCUUUCUCGGCCUAUUUGCUAUGUUUGUAAGACCAGAUGUAUGGAUGAUUUGGGUGAUGAUUGUUUGUGUGGUUUCUAGAUUUUAGAUUUUGGUUUUUGGUUUUUAGUUUUUGGUUUUUGGAUUUUAGAUUUUGGUUUUUGGAUUUUAGAUUUUGCAGUAGAUUUUGGUUUUUUGAAAAACAUGAAUGGUGACUUUAGAUUUUGGUUUUUAGUUUUUAGUUUUUGGUUUUGGCUUUUAAAGCAAUAAAAUGAAAAAAAAUAUUAAUAGUAAAAUAUUUAAUCUGGACAUAGUAAAUAUAAAAUAUCCUUAUCAAAACACACAUAAGCUUAUUUUAAAAUAAAUAAACAGCAAACACAAAAAAUAUUAUUAUGUUUUAAAAAUAAACUUAAAAAUUUAAUUCUAUGUGUAGAAUUUAACUCUAUAUGCAAUAAUUUUGUGUAAAAUUUUAAAAUUAAAUAAUUAUUGAUAAAUAAUAUUUACAAAUUUAAAUUAAAAAUUAACAAAAAUUAACAAUAUUUCUACAAUUGCGGCAAAUAUAAUUCUACACAUAUGGUAUAAUACAUAAUAAUAGUUAUAUUUUAUGAAUAAAGUAAAAUUUAAUUAUAUUUUAAAAACAAUGGCAAAAAAUAAACUUUAUUAAAAUAUUUUACAUUAAUAUUAAUAGAAAAUAUUUUAAAACACAGAAGUAAUUAAAGUGUGACAAAAUAUUAUGCUUUAGUUAACAACUUUAAUUAAUGACAUUUUUGUAAAAUACAACUUUAAUUAAUUUUAUAUAAAAUGUAUGGUACAAAAUAUUGAUUAAAACAUUAAUAAAUUAACUUAUCUUUAUAAAAUUUUAAUUGUUUCUAUAAGUAGUGAAGAUAUAACUCCAAUUGCUUAGAAAAGUGAUGUUGUUUUACGUUUAUUUUGUGGGCUUUGAAGAAUGAUAAGUAUAUGUCUUAUAUUAAAAAAAAAUACUUUUGUGGUUUUUGCUCGUGAGAAACCAAGAAAAAAGAGAUUUUGGUUUCUAAGUAAAAAAAGGUAAAAUGAAUCAGAAACUAGUUUCCCUAGAAAAUAGGAAAACUACUUUGUCAAAAUCCUGAUUGGUUAAGAAAUAGAUUCUAGAAAAUCAAAAACCAAAAACUACUUUAAAAACUACAAACAAUCAACCUAUUGGUUCUAAUUGAUAAGGACGAGUCCAUAAAGUUAUUUGUAUGCUAUUCUUGUAGCUUUAAGUAUUAUCGUGGACUUUUACUACUAGAGGAAAGGUACCUGCCAUGAGUGUAUGCCACAAACAGUACUGAGAUUAUCUUCUAUUAUUUAGUCUCAUUCUUAUAGUUUUUAUGUUGUAAUAAAAUAAUAAAUAUAAAAUUGUAUUAAAAAAAAACCUUCACAAAGAUAUUACGAAUAUUAGUAAUUCAAAUAGAUAACUAAAGGGAAUCCUUCUUUCCUAGAUCGAUGCAUACAAACUAAGACUGCUUCAUAAUUGUACAAAUCUCUCUCUCUCCAAACGCAAAAAUGAUAUAAAAAAACAACUCUUUUUUCUCUAUCGAUCAACACCAAUACAUGAGAAAUAUUCACCCGAUGUUCACCUCACUGCUCAAUGUGAAAAGCAGCUAUUCACCAGAGUUGAGACACAUCAGCAACUCCAGUGGACCUCUUUAGCUCAAGUUAGAGUCUGACCCAACAAUAGUUUAUCUCUCACUUGAAAUCCCCUCCACUACAAAAAAUAACAUAAGAUUAACAACGACGGUAUUCUUCGUGAGUUCUUCGUAAAAGAGGCUUUACGACGAAUUAGCGAGGAAACCCGUUUCGUCGUAAUGCAUAUUUCCUCGCCAAUUCGUCGUCACUUAGCGGAAAACAUUUUGUCGUAAAGACGAAGUACAUCGUUUCGUCGUAAAGACCACAUAUUAUUCCACGUAAGAAGGUCGCUAUAUUUCCUCGUAAAUACCUCGAAAGCAGUUCCUCGUAAAUUACACGUAAAUAUCUCGAAAGAAUUUCCUCGUAAAGUACACGUAAAUACCUUAAAAGUAUUUCCUCGUAAAAUACUUGUUUAACCUUCCUCGUCAUUUCCUCGUAAAUUUUCCACGUAAAUAAGUCGUAAUUUAGCUACGAAUUUACUUCGUUUUUUUAUUUUACAGAAUUUAAAAAUAUAAUUAAAAUUAUUAAAUUUAUUAAUAAAAUUAUAAUUUAAAAUAAAAAUCAAUACGAAAAUAUUUUAUAUAAAAAUAAGUUUUGAAUUUAUAAUACACAACUGGAAAAAAAGAACUAAGGAUCGUUCAUCGCUUGGUAGAAUUCCUCACUCCUCCUCGCAACAUCCCCCUCAUUAUGUAAUGGGGAGUAAGCAUGUUCUUUCGAAGUCCCUGCAAAAAAAUUUAAUCUUUGAAGUUAACAUCAACACUAAAUUUCCUACAUUAACCACCUAAUCAACACUAACUAACAUAAAAUCCGUAAGACUAUCUAAAUUCCCUACACUAACAACCUAAUCUAGCCUAAACAAAUCAAAUUAGAGAGAAAUUAGAGAGAGUUACCAUUGCUACGAAAUAGAUAGGAAGUGGAGAGGAGGUUGAGACGAAAUGAAAGUGUGAACACUCGCGAGUAUAUAUAAGAGAUUAGAUAUCUUCGUAAUUUCCUCGUAAAUUUACGAGAAAUUACAAAGGCCUGCGUUUUGUUUCCUCGUAAAGCCCACGUUAAAUUACGAGGAAAUAGCAAGGUCCAUAUUUUUAUUUUACGAGGAAAUAGCAAGGCCCGCGUUUUCCGGUUAUGAGGUCUUUACGACGAUUUCUGCUUACGUGGAAUUAACGAAUCCUGCGUUCUUUAUUUUUUAAAUUUGUCGUUAUUUUACGAGGAAAUUACGAGGAUUAUGUUUAAAUCCCUAAAAUCCGAAACCCCAAACCCAAACCCCAUCUUCCUUAUCUUCUACUUCAUAUAUUCCAAACCCCAAACCCAUCUUCCCUUUAACCUCAAUCUAUUCUUUCCAUUCCAAACCCCAAAUUCUAAAACCACAAUUCCUUAACUUAUAAUCUCAAUCUCUUAUUUCUAAUACAAACUCCCAUUACCUUACACAAAAUCAAAUUAUAUAAAUAGUUUUUCAUGAUUAAAUCCAUCAAAUCACAUGCAUUAAGUCUGAAAAUCAAUCUUAUUAAAAACAAAUACAUCAAUCGGAUAUAUCGACAUUCUCGUCAUCACUAGAAACAUCAUCAUUUUUUCAUUAAACUCGUCUUCAACAGCUUUGUAUGUGGCAUCAUCGGUAAGAUCUUCGUACUCAUGAUUAUGCGGAUCAAUGAGAAGGAUGUCAUCAAUUUUUUGUUCAGGUUCAUCGACUUCAUUUAUCUGUUCUUCUUGUAAUGGUGGUUCUUCUCCACUGAUGAUUCGUCCUCGAGGUGUAACUUUGAUCACGGCUAACCAAUUUAUUCCUGAUUCUCUCAUCCGAGGGUAUGGAAGGAGGCUAACUUGGUCUGCUUGUGAAGCUAAGAUGAAAGACUCGAAUUUGUUGUACCUGCAAAAAUAAAGUUGGUGGAUUCAAAAUUAAAGCUAGGUUGCAGAAAAAAAAACGUGUUACAACUAUAAAGUUGGUGGAUUCAAAAUUUCCUUGCUAAAUAGACGUAAGAUAUUUCCUCAUAAAGUACACGCUACAUUUACGUUGAGUUUACGAGGAAAGCGUAUUUCCUCGUAAAAUCCACGUGACAUUACAUCGACUUUACGAUGAAAUGAUUUCGUCGUUAUUUUACGAAGAAAUAACGUUGAUUUUAUAUUUCCUUGUAAGUUCUUCGUAAAGUCGACGUAAAUUUACGAGGAUUAGUUUUCCUCGUUAAGUUUCUUCGCUAAACUUGUGUUUUCUUGUAGUACUCAGCUCUAUUCUCUAUGAAUAUCUAUGACUCAACAAGAAGAUAAGAAAAUAAACUAAAUUGGCUUCUAAUUCUUAUUAGUUACUCCAAACCACCAUAUAAUAGCUGAUUAAGAACAAAAGCCUUCAAUUUUCCACCUUGUUCUUUAUCAGCAACUUGUUCUAAUAAUCCUCACUUUUUAAGUACUCAUGAGUAACUCCUACUCAGCUUCAAAUCUUCUAAGAAAACUUCAUAUCUUCCUCAGAAUACUCUCCAACUUCAUAUCUUCUUGAGAAAACCUCUCAGCUUCAUAUCUUUGAGAUUUAUCAAGCUCACUUUCCUCCUUGGCAAGUUUAGUACUUCUUUAAACUUGCCAAUUGUUAAUAAUUUAGUGAACAUAUCUGCAAGAUAGUAGGAUGUAGCAAUUUUUAAUACAUUCACUCAAUCAUCAUUGAUCCCUUGAUUAAGUCCUGAAUGAAAUGGUAUUUUACCUAACAUGCUUUGUUCUCUCGUGAAAUACAACAUUCUUCACUAAAACAAUGGCACUAUGAGAAUUACAAUACCUGUUAACUGCUCUUUGUUCAAAAUCUAACUCAUUGGUCAAACCCCUCGACAAUAUUUGCUUCCUUUUCCACCUCUCACAAUGCAAUAUACUUUGAUUUUGUUGAUGGCAAUGCCACAACCUUUUCCAGGCUUAACCUCCAGCUGAUCGAUUUCUCACUAACUGUAAAACCGUACAUGUUGUUGAUCAUCUCUUGUCCAUGUUCCCAAUAAAAUCUGCAUCACGAUAACUUUUCAUUAAAAAGUCUUCUUCCUUCCUAUAACCCAACUUUGUAUCCUAAAAUCCCUUCACAUACUUGAGUAUCCAUUUCACAUCUAACCAAUGAUCUUUGAUCGAAUUACUCAUAUGCUUGCAUACUAAACCCACUGAAAGCUAAAUCCCGACUUGUCAAUAUCAUUGAGUACAUCAAACUGCUGACUACAAUUUGAUAAGGAAUCACUUCCAUCUUCUCAUCAUGUUCUUUUAUUUCUCUUUCUAUAGUUGCUCUUGACUUGACAUGUAUCCCCAAAGGUGUACUAACCGGAUUUUCCUUAUCCAUCCCAAAAUUCCCUAAAAUCUUUAGAUGAUAUUUUUCAUGUGAUACAAUUAAUGUACCAUUUAUCUUAUCUCAUGUAAUUUCCAUUCCCAAUAUCUUUUUAGCAUCCCUUAAGUCUUUCAUCUCGAACUAUGAGUUGAGUAAAAUCUUUAACUCACAUAAACUUUGCUUAUCCUUAUAUGUAAUUAAAAUAUCAUCUAUGUAGAGCAAUAAAUAGAUGUACACAUCUUUCUAUAACUUAAACACAACUGUCAAACUCACUUCUAACAUAUACGUUCUUCUGCAUGAACCCAUCAAAAGCUUCUUUGACGUGGUGACUGCUUUACUCCAUAUAACGAUCUUUUAAGUAAACAUACUUUCUUUGGAUUAUCCUUGUCAGCAUACCCUAUGGUUGAUCCAUAUAAAUGGUAUCUUCUAAAUGACUAUGUAAUAACAUUGUCUUCAAGUUCAUUUGGUGUGGCUCCAUGUCAAAAUGCAUCACCGCAUAAAGUAAGAAUUUGAUUGAGAUGUAAUAAUCCACAUGUGAAAAAACAUUCUUGAUAAUUGAAUCUCUCUUUUUGAAUAUACUUAAGCCACUAAUAUGGCUUCAAACCUUCAACCCUAAACUCCAUCAAUCUCAAUCUUCCUCAACCCAUUUACAUUCUAUAGGCUUCUACAUUUAGUCUUUGUUCACUAAUAUCCAAGUUAUGUACUUCAUCAAUAAGACCACUUCGUCCCGUGAUGCCUCUAAUUAUUUCUCAAUAUUUGAAUCCUCCAAUGCUUAUUGAUAACUUACUGGCUCCAGUUUCUCACCAUCCUCAAUCAUGAGACAUGCAUAACCUGCUAUGUCGAUCAUCCUCCUUCUAAACAUGAUAAUCCUGCAGUUUAGUUGGAACCCAAAUGAUGAUCGAUCUCUAACCAAUUGGUAAUCGCUCAGAUCAUCAUCUGCAUUUUUAGUGAAACUAGACUUUUUUUCAUUACUGUCAUUCUGACUAUGUUGGUCAGCAGCCUAAACAAGUCCACCUUGAUCUUCUCUAUUCCUGAUUAUACCUGCAAUAUCAUAACUUGAAAACUUGUAAGUAUCCAUAUGAUCAUUAACCAUACUUGAUUUUUCAGUUGCAUAUGCAUCCAUGUUCAUCAACUUCUCUUUAAUAAACACAUUUCUAAUUUUCCAAAAACCAAACUCUAAAUCCUUCAAACUUUUUUUGGAUAAACCGUAAAAAUGGGUUCAGCUUCCCAUCAUCUGAAUAAAUAUACACUAUACACAAAAAUCUCGUUAAACCUAAUAAAUAUGUCUUAUAGUGGUUAAAACCAGGAUGUCACUAGCAGAUGCAAACCUUCUCUAGUUUGGCUUCUACUUCAAAAUCUUCAAUAUAGCAAAAAUUAAAUGUUUGAGGGAGAGCUUCUUCUUCAAUUUUUUCCUUAAAAAUGUUCAAAAAGUGAUAUCCACUAAAUAGGCUACGAUUCAAUUUAUGAUAUUAAUAUUUUUAACACAGAUUUAUGUUAUUUAAUUAAAAAUCUAAACUGUUAUUUAAAUGACAAACACAUUAAUAAAAUAAAAUAAUAUAUAAAUCAAGAUAUUAUAUUACUUCAAAUUAUAAUUAUAAAUAAUUUUUUAUUAUUUGGUUUCAUAAAAUUUUAUAACAUACUAUAAUUAUCAUAAUUUAUAAUUUAGAAAAGAUAACUUUAAUUAUUAUGAUAUUAUAAUUUCAGAUGAUUUUUUAUCAUUGGUCACAUCGUCAAAAAAUCACCAUAUAAUCUCUUAUUUUAUUACAUAUGAUGAUAAGCUAACUACUUAUAACAUAUGCAACAUUGUAGAAUAACUUCACAUAUAACGAUUCCACAAUGUAGUUCUUCUCGUAACACAUGGAUCGAUAAACAGUUUUGUUUGUACACCAUACUCAAUGGAUAUACUUUCAAUCACACGACCACAAAGUAUGGUUCUGCCAAGCCUUCACCACAAAAAAAUAUGAAAAUUGAGCCAUUGAUUACUACCAAAGCUCUUACUAAGAAGGAUUAUGAGCCAUUGAUUGACAAAAUCAGAGUACGUAUGCUUUGAUGGACCAAUAAGAACCUCUCCUAUGCAGGACGUCUACAGUUGAUUAAGUCUGUUGUCUCAAGUAUUGUUAAUUUUUGGAGCUCGGCUUUUAUACUGCCUAUGAGUUGCUUGGAUACAAUAGAAAGUUUAUGUAGUGCUUUUCUUUGGUCUGGUAAUCCGAAUCAAACACAUAAGGCCAAAGUAAAAUGGGAGGACCUGUGUUAUCCCAAAGCAGAAGGCGGACUAGGUGUGAGACGUCUUAGGGACAGUGUUCGUGUGUUUGCACUAAGUCUGAUAUGGCGAUUAUACACUGUGUCAGGCUCUUUAUGGGUCUCAUGGGUCCAUCAUUACCUUUUGCGCCAUAGCUCUUUUUGGGAUGUUCGAGAUGAUACCAUAGGUUCUUGGAUUUGGAGAAAAAUCUUAAAGAUGAGAACACUGGCAUAUCAGUUCAUCAGAGUUGUGGUCGGAGAUGGUAGGAAGCGUUCUUCUGGCAUGAUAACUUGCUGCGAAUUGGUAGACUUAUUGACCUCACUGGUGCAACUGGUACACGAUAUCUUGGUUUUAUGCGAAAUGCUAGAGUUCAUGAAGCAGUCUCCUUGGGUCAGUGGAGAGUAAGGGGACAUAGAAGCCAUAAUUUUAGAGAGUUGCAUCAGACAAUCCAAGCUGCGCCAGUCCCGAGUAGUACGAUGGGUGAGGAUACUUACUUAUGGAAACAUGUGCAUGGUGUUUAUGAGGAUAACUUCUCGGCCCUUCAAACAUGGGAACAAAUAAGAUGCAAGAAGAGCGAAGUUGUGUGGAGUCGAAGUCUCUGGUUUACUCAAGGUAUUCCUCGCUGCGCUUUUAUUGUUUGGUUGUCUGUUCAGAAUAGACUCUCUACUGGAGAUAGGAUGAGGACUUGGAGAAUUCAACAAGCUUGUGUUCUAUGUGGCGAGAGGGAUGAAACACGAGACCACUUGUUCUUUGUGUGUCCUUAUUCCUGUACUGUCUGGGAUCGCUUAGCUUGCAGACUUGUGGGGAGAAGAAUAAAUCAAGAUUGGCAGGAUAUGCUCCAGUUCAUUCAAACAGGUGCAGCUAAUCAACUUGAUCAAGUGAUCAUUCGAUUAGUCUUUCAGUUGGUGGUGUGUCAUGUAUGGACGGAGAGAAAUAAACACAUUCAUCAACAAGGGCAGUUGGGGACUGAGCAGAUGAUUACCCAAAUCAACAAGAAAGUGAAGAACAAGAUAACUUCACUCCGUUACAAAUUUGAUCACUCGCUGAGUGGCCUUAUGAGAAGAUGGUUUGAAGUUAUAUGAUGAGCUUGGAGAAAAGACUUAGAGUAAAAAGUCCUUUGAUUUUUUUAGUAUUUUUAGAUAUACAAACAACAUAAUAAUCUCUUAUUCUUUGUAAAUGCCUCUUUUUGAUCAAUGAAUUUAAAAUUUCAUCAAAAAAGAAAAAGAAAAUUCCCGACAGAAAUGCCAAUCAGGGAAGUCGCCGGAACUCGUCGGUAAUUACUGACAAAAAUAGUUUCUUCGAGAAUCCUACGGGAAUUCUAGACAAAUUUCCAUAGCAAUAUAUUUGUUGGUAACUUCCCGAAGAAAUCAUGAGGAAAAAAGCUAUCCAUUGGAUAACGAUUAUAAUUCCCGAUGAAUUCCUGAUGAAACAAGGAAUCUGUCGGGAAUUCGUCAAUUUUUUUUUGAAGAAUUCCAUAUAGCCUUUAUAGAGCUGUUUGAAAAUUUUAAAAUUCCCGACAGAUUCCCAAUGAUUUUUUUCCCCUCGAGAAUUUGCUAAGAUUAUCUAUAAAUAUCAUCUCCACCUCAUUCAUUUACAAGUCACAACUAAGUAGAAAAUCAUGUCUUCCUAAUUAUUUUUGUUCUUGGAUCGAUAACCUCAUCCGAACACAGAUUUACUUACGGAUGAAUACUGAUAUCGCUCAAAUUACCCUAGAGCAACUUUCUCUAUCAAAUAAAAGGUUCAGUUGUAAUAAUUAGGGAUCAAAUCCACAUGGAACGUGAGCAUACAAUAGACUAUAGAGAAUCAAGAUCAAGCCCGGCAAUCGAUAUUAAAACAGUAAAUAGCAGAAAACAAGUAAAUCAAUUGGAUGUGAGAUAUAUGAGAAAAUAGUUAGACUUAGGGUUUCUAGCAAUUAGAAUAUAUGCUAAGGGUGCAUGAUGAACUGUUCUAUAACUCGAAUGCAAUAGUAAGAUAUCCGGUUCUCGAUGUGAGUCUAAUCAGAUGACUAAGUUUUUGUUCCACCUCUCGCAUGUAAUGUCGUUUUGUCGGGUUACGUCAUCCAACAUAGAGUUUUCUUCUUCGGUUCACUAUUUUUACCUCGUUAAUGAGUUUCUGGAACAGAUCAAGAACAAAGAUGACAGUAUUGAGUCGUUGAAGAGCCAUAAUGCUGAUACACAGACUCAACUGGAGGAAAACAUUAACCCAAAUGUUGAAGGAGAAGUUGAAGCAGCAGUAGGGAGACGACUUCUAGUUUUUUUCUAGGUAUUUUUUUAUUUAAUUUUAUUUUAAUUUAAAACUUUCUAUAUCAACUUUUAUUAAUUUAAAUUAUGUUUUUAAUUAAAAUUUUAAUUAUUUGGUUUUAAUAUUUUCUUAAAACGAAUAAUCUAAUGUAAAAAUAAAUUAAAAAAAUAUGACAAACUUCCGACAGAGAUGUCCUAUAAAAAAGGUUGUUGGAAAGUCGCAGAAAAAACUCCAGACGAAAUCCUAUUCUGAAAAAAAAUUCGCAACAAUGGGUACAAUGUGAAUUUUUCGAAAAAUUCAUCUAGAAAUUGCUUAUCAUGAAUUUGUUGGGAUGUUCCGAUGACGGACUUUCUGUUGGAAAUUGCAUGCUUUUUUUUUGUAGUGCUUGCAUCUUACAAUCUACGAAGAAAAAUACAUUUUGUGGCAUCGAACUUUGGAGCUGGUGGAAAACCUUUCUCAUGUUUAGCGCUAGGUCAUAGACUCAUAGUACUUCCACAUCCUAAUUUUAGUUAGUUAGAAACUUAGAACUAUUUUGUUUAGAGAGAAGAAAAGAAAUUUGUGAGGAAUUUUCUUUUUUUGUUCUUGAAUUGUUAAAGUACAAUCCAACGGUUAAGAUUCAUCCAUUGUAAAAUUAAAAAACACGGGAUCCAGUGCUACGCGGAGUAUAAUAAGUAUUGUCCUCCUCUCCUCUAAAGGAUUCUAGGGCUCGCUUACUGCGCUACACGGCUUUUAGGCGGCUGCCUCUUCUUUCUUCUUCUUCUUCGCCUCGAAGGUCUUUACCGUUUCGAAUUUUCUCGGCAAUGGACCCUUAUGCAACGGAAGCAGUCGUGGAUGAGGAGAACCACGAAGUGAAACCAUCCGAAGAUGUUGAGGACGAUGACGACAAAUCUCAGCCUCAAUCCGGUGGUGGCAUCGAUAGUGCAGGCUGAGUUCGUCAAGCAUUUUGAGAAGUAUGGGGAGAUUACAGAUUCUGUGAUUAUGAAGGAUAGGAAAACUGGACAGCCCCGAGGGUUUGGGUUUGUUACUUAUGCUGAUUCCUCUGUGGUCGACAAACUUAUUCAGGACAAUCACAUUAUCAACGGGAAGCAGGUUGAGAUUAAGCGGACGAUACCGAGAGGAUCCAUGAGCUCCUCCAACGAGAU